AAGAAUGAAUUAUCAUCCACAGUUUUCCAGAGAGGAACGUGAAAAUACGAAACAAACGAUCAAGUAGACGUUCAAGUUUAAAAGAAUUAUCCAGAUCACAUCAUAGAAGCACACCAUAUGAAUAUGACCGACUGAAAGAAAACAAACACAAACAUUCAGAUCACAAUGAGUACCCAACCUCAAAAGAUAGCCAUUCUGAUAGAAAUUCUUGUUGGCGUGAAACCACAUCGCAAAGAUAUCUAAUGUCAGAAGAAAACCAGAAAGGUUUAAAUAGGUCUGCGGUAAAUAUGGAUGAAAACUCUUAUAGAAGCUACAGUCAUGACCAAAUGUCAGGAGAUUACCGUGAAGAUAGAAUGAGGUCUACAAGACGUGGGUGUGAGGACACGCCCAACGGUUACCAUGGAAACCAGACGUCAAGGGAGGACAACAAAGAAAUGAACAGAUUUACUAGUCGGAGCUAUGAAGGCAUGCAAAACAGUUAUCGUCGGGACCAACCUUCCAGAAAAGACAUCCAAUAUAGGAAUAGAUCUACUAGACCAAGAUAUGAAGACAAGCAAAUCAGUUGUCGGCGAGAACCAUUAAGAAGAGACCAUCUAGAAAGAAAACUAAGGUCUAAUAGAAAGAGAAAGGAAGACAUUCCAAACAGUUACCAUAGCAAUAAAGCAUCAAGAAAAGACAACCAAGACAGGGAUAGGUCAGCAACACGCAGGAAUGAUUCCAGAAGAGGAAAGGAUUACUUAGAAAAGUUUGAGGGACAUGGCAUGCCAAGAACAGAGGAGUGGAUUGUUACCCCUGAUAAGAAUAGUAGAGAGGAAAACGAUGACCUUGCAGUUAAAAUUUAUAAAGUUUUACUAGACGAAGGUGGUAAAUUGAAGAAAAAACGUUUUGAGGCCUGUCUGCGCGCAGAACCAUUAACGAUGAGAUUUAUGCCAAAGGGCUCUUUCAUUAAAUUUUUAGAAGAUUAUAGUAAUAUUUUUGACAUCUCUGAUGGGUCAAAGGAUGAACAAGAAGAAGGCGAGAUAACAGAUCAAGAAAUAAAAGCAAGAUCAGAAAUUCAGAUAUGCCUUAAGCACUCUAGUGCAUCCCAGAUUUGUAGCGGUAAUUGUAAUAAUUUGCAUAUCUGUAAAUUUAAAUUUAUCAGCGAUUGUCCAUUUGAGAAUUGUUGGUAUGGACAUGAUCUUAAAACAGAUCACAACCGUCAUUCUCUGAUGCAUCACUUUAUGCAAUUCCUUGAACCUGAUCAGGUCAGGAUGCUGAUUAGCGAUUUGGAGCACAGAAAGGGUGUGACAAUACCUUCUAUUUGCACUUAUUACAAUAAAAUCAAUGGUUGUAAGGAACCUGUAAAAUGUCCACAUCUACAUGUCUGCGCUUAUAUCGCUGAUAAAUGUAGAUUCCAACCCAACUGUAAACGUUCUCACAAUCUAGAAGACGAACAACCAAAGAAGGUUCUGAGUAAAUUUGGGAUAGAAAUCGACGCACAUAACAAAGAUAGUUUGUUGAAAAUGCUUAAAGUGGGUUCUCUGCAUUCUCCAGGGGGUCAAGGUGUUAGAAAAAUAACCCAUCUUAAUACUCGCAGUGGAUCAAUUGUUCCAGAUGAGACUGCCCAAGAAGAAGCAAAAGACAAUCAGGAAGGAAAUGUUUUAGAACCUCGCUCUGAGAUCAGCAAACCUCUUCGUUAUUGGAAUAUGGAUUGUGAAUGAUGACUACCGCUUUUAAAGGGAAAUUUUACGUUAUUAUGAAUAAAAAAAUCAAAGAAUAUCUUGUAAUUGAAAUGGGAGAAGAUGCGAAAAAAUAUUCUUUAAAUACAUUUUAUAUAUCAUGGCUAAUAAAAAUAUAACUAAGUCUAAACAGAGUACGUAUCCGACUGUGCUUUAAAAGUGUAUUGUAGUUUGAUUUGAGAUUAACGUAACACCCUUACAAAGUAUGCGAUUUUUGGAAAGGUACUUGUAUAUUGCACCGGUCACAGAGUUUCUGAAAAAUUAAAUAAAAUCACUCAUUUUAUAUGUCGUGUUUGCCGUGGAUAUUUACAAAAUAAAUGUUGUUUAAUCCCUUACAA